AUGCACCGGAGCAGCGCCGACAACAUCAUGGAACUCGGCGACCUCCACAAUCAAUACGAGCCCCGCGGCGGCUCCAGCGCGUCGUCCAACAGGUUGGCUUCGGUCACAACGAGUUGAAAUCGAUUGUUCACAAUAAACUGAAUUUUAUUUUCACAGAGAUCAUUUACGAUACUUAGAAGAUUGAGACUUUUCGAAGGAAGAAGAAGAAGAUAACUUGAGAGAUAUUGUCUCAACAAGCUUAUUACAAAAAGGGACACUUCUUUUGUACAGUUCCGAGAUCACCUUGAAAAUUAACGGGUUCUCUGAAUAUUUCUUCAAGUCUGGAAAUCAUAAAAAUCGAAAAAUUUCAGUUUAUCGAAAAAACUUUGCAAAGUUGAACAUCUACUUUUCUGGAAAGGAGUUAGGACCAGGAGUUAUCAAAAGAUCGAUGUGAAAAUGAUUUCUUUGCAUUUCAAUUGUAGAGAAGUUCAUCGCACACAAAUACUGAAGAACUAUCAUUUUUCGACUUAUAGUUGAUUUUCAACAGUCGGAUUUUUUCAUGUGCAAAAAUCGUAUUUCGUUCUGAUUUUAAAUUGAAAAAACUCUUUGUCGCGGGACCUCUAUCAACUCGACAUGCCCUUAUAAAAACCUUAGCAAAAAAAACCCUUAUAAAAACCGUAGUAAAUCAAGAUCAUCUUGAACUUUCAGACGGAAAACCGAGCCUCUGCCUCCUUCUACGCUCAACCUUUUCGCCUGCAUAAUCGCGUAACCAAACCAAAAUGACCUUUUAAAAAAGUCGCUUUUUAGGUCAGCCGCUUUGACAAUCGCCGUCGUCGGCCUCGCCAUAGCUUUUUUCAUACUUGCAUUCAGUUAA